UCAUUUUGGAAAGCGAUUGGCACGCAUCUUUUUUGGCUUGAUUUUCGACUGGAUUUGACUGGAUUUUCGAAACGAUUACUCAAACGUUUGAUCUUACGACCUUCUACUUCUUCAGAGAAGUCUGGAUAAACACAUGGAAACUCCAACAACCAUCAUGAAGAGAGUUGAUCUCCUCUGUGGACGCCUCCAGAAGGUUGAAACCGCUGGAAACACAGAGCUGGAGAACAGGGCCUCAUCUAAGCUGGAGGAGAUCUCCAUAAAGAUGGAGAGGGAGGACAGGGUCUCUGAUCUGAGAGAGCUUGAAAUAUAUUUCAUUGCUCUUGAGAAGGACAGAAACAACCUCCAGAAUCUCCUGCAAGAGCAGAGGGAGGAACACACGAUGACCCUGGCUGCUCUGGAGAGGGAAAUGAUCCAGGAGAGAAUGGAUUGGGACAGGCAGAUGAGGAAGAGAGAGGAGGCCCUGCUGUCUGCUUUUAUGUCUGUGGCUAUCAGCAAAGAAAAGCUGAUGAAAGACCUGAUGGGCAGAAUGGUGGGCAGAAUGAGGGCCAUCAAACACCUGGAAGAAACGUCUGGGAUUGGACCCAUGGUAAGCCAGGAAAAGAAACUCAGAAAACUGCAGUGUUUCAGAAAACACCAGGCCAUUUCUGACGUUUCUCCUCAGGAUACCAUACACUUGGGAGGAACAGCAGGGAACGGUCCUGCAAAGAGCCUGGACAGACAACCCAGGAAAUGGUGGUGUUUUGGACAGCAUCAGACCACCCCUGAUUUUGCUCCCCAGGAAACCAGCAGUGUGACUGCAAACACAAGAGUGGCAGCUCUGCAGCAGAUCGCAAAGCUGGAGGAGCGCAUCAGGAAGGCUGAAAAUAAAAAGCAGCAGAAAGCCCUCAAGAAAGCGGAAAAACAAGCGAAGAAGGCCGAAAAGAAAGCAAUGAACGCCGAGAAGAGAGCAAAAAGAGAGGGACAGAAAGCAGAGAACAGGGAUGAUGUGAUGCACAUCCAGCUGGAUGGUCAAGAUAUUGUGGUCCACUACCCUGUUCCUUGCUCAUGUUUGUUUUGCGUCUUUGGCCGCAGAAGAAUGGCCAGGCGAAAAAGGCAGUAGGCAGUAAAACAGGAUCACAUUAUUAUGAACCAUUAUUGUUUUUUGUUUUUGUUUUUUUAAAUAUACAGUAUAUUAAAUAAACUUUUAGUAGAUAAUUUUA